UCGACGGUGGUCCAGCGCUAGUGGAAAAGCGAGAAAAACGAGAAGCGAAAAAGGCGAUCGGCAAACAGUGCGAAAAGUGCGGACAGGAAAGCAAAGGCGAAAGCAAAAGGUUGGCUGGCAAAUACCGGGCCACAGCCGCAGCCAGACGAUCCGAUCCACAACCACAUCCGAACCCGAUUCCAGAUCCUGCACCGACCCGACCAAAUGCGAUAAAAAUAGCCGCAUCCCAACCGUCCGAUCCGCCAGAUCUUGCAGAACUUAGCCUUAAUCGAAGAGUCCGCGAGGAGAACGCCGGAGAAACGUCGAGGAGGAGGACCCCCAUAUAUAUGGUAUAGGAUAUAGGAUAUAUUGCCAAGAUGUCCCGACGUCCGCGACUGUCCUUCAACAUUCUCAAGGAGCCGGAGCCAGCCAUAGUGCCACCACGCAAUUUGGAUUCGCGGGCCACCAUCCAAAUUGGCGAUCAGACCUUCGACAUCGAUGCGGACAGCCUGGAGAAGAUCUGCGAUCUGGGCCGAGGGGCCUAUGGCAUUGUGGAGAAGAUGCGCCACCGGCAAACCGAUACGGUCCUCGCCGUUAAACGCAUACCCAUGACCGUUAAUAUUCGCGAACAGCACCGCCUUGUCAUGGAUCUGGACAUAUCGAUGAGGUCCAGCGAUUGCCCCUACACGGUCCACUUCUAUGGGGCGAUGUAUCGCGAGGGCGACGUCUGGAUCUGCAUGGAGGUGAUGAGCACCAGUCUGGACAAGUUCUAUCCGAAGGUCUUCCGCCACGAUCUGCGCAUGGAGGAGAGCGUGCUGGGCAAGAUUGCUAUGAGCGUGGUCAGUGCGCUGCACUACCUGCACGCCCAGCUGAAAGUCAUCCAUCGGGACGUCAAGCCCUCGAACAUACUGAUCAAUCGGGCCGGCCAGGUCAAGAUCUGUGACUUUGGCAUCUCAGGCUACCUCGUGGACUCCAUUGCCAAAACCAUCGAUGCCGGCUGCAAGCCGUACAUGGCCCCGGAACGCAUCGAUCCCCAGGGCAAUCCGGCGCAGUACGACAUCCGGUCGGAUGUUUGGUCGCUGGGCAUCAGCAUGAUCGAAAUGGCCACCGGCCGCUACCCCUACGACAAUUGGCGGACGCCCUUCGAGCAGCUGCGCCAGGUGGUUGAGGACGAUCCGCCGCGUCUGCCGGCGGGAACCUUCUCGCCGGAGUUCGAGGACUUCAUCGCCGUCAGCCUGCAGAAGGAGUACAUGGCGCGGCCGAACUACGAGCAGCUGCUCAAGCACAGCUUCAUCGUGGACCACCUGCAGCGCAACACGGACAUCUCGGAGUUCGUGGCCAGGAUACUGGACCUGCCCGACAACCAGCCGGCGCAGUAGGUUAAUGGCCGGGUAGCUGGUUAAUGGUUAACCCAUGGCGCCCCCUUAACCCCUUGAGCCGUGCCCGUGCCCGUGUAAAUUGCCGCCGUCUUCUUCUAGCAUGCAUUUCGUACAUGUUGAGUGUGUGUCCCCCCGUCUGCGUGCCAGCAAAACCAACCAAUAUAUAUGAAGGAAAUCCAAGGAAAACCAACAGCAAUCAGCUAAUCUAAAGAUUCAAAAAAUGGAAACUGCAUAAUUAUUAAUUUAAGUGAGAAGCAAACAGCAACAUAACCGUUACUAGCAAUCCUGCAACAUGCAACAUGCAACAUGGAAACUUCGCCUUGCAACGCUCAAAAAUGGAUAACCGAACCGUGCCUCCCAGCUGGCGAUGCUGCUGUCUUAAAAAGUAAUACCAUUUUAAUAUAUAUUUUUAAACAAAUAAUAGCUUAGUCAACGAAAAACAAGAACAGAAGCAAGCAAACAAUGAAUGUAAAAACGUACUAAACUUUAAUGAUAAAUUGUAAACUUUUUGAACACCAAAAUAGCCGAACAGAAAGUGUAAUGGUAAUUAUAAUUGUUUAACAAAUAUAUAUUACGUGAAAUAGCUAAC